GUAGCCAUAAUGGAGCCACGAAAUGAGUUGCUUGGACACCCGAAAGAAAUGACCCGUCGGGCAGGCUUCUUCAGUCGUUUGCCGGAACUCUUUCAGUGGUUUGACGUGGACUUGGCAGUCCUAACAUUCUUCAUAGUUGCCGGGACAAUGUACGGCCUUUUAAAGUUCUUCGGCACGAAAACCUACCCACAAAUUCAAAUUCCGGCGCAAAGGGAGCAUACUCCAAAGAGCUUCUAUGACGCGGACGAAAUCUCGGGAUACAGCUAUAACAUAGUGCCGGACAUAUUGCACUUAGUAAGGUACAAUUCGCCCAAUGUGGAGUUCAUUGACGUGGUGACCUUCCGCUCCAUGUAUUUGAACCAUCGGCCCGAGAAGAUAUACGUUCACUGCAGUCCUUGCGGCUUUGAAGGGAACUACACUCGCUUUCUGGAAGGCAUCAACUUCACCUUCAUCCCCGCAGUUUUUCCCAAGGAGGUUUUUGGCAUACCUAUAAAGGAACCUCACCACGCUACCGACGUGGUCCGCAUCAGAGCUCUGAUGAAGUACGGAGGCUACUACUUUGACCGAGACGUGUUCGUGAUGCAAUCUCUGCGACGCUUCCUCCGAUACGAGGCAACCCUAAACUUUGAGUACGGGUUUAACAUGGGAAACAUGAUGAUGUUCUUUCACAAGGAUUCGCGCUUUCUUCGUCUCUACAUGGACAGCUACCGCGGGUUUAACAACUCGAAUUGGUACUACAACGCUGGCGAGCUGCCCGCCCAGGUUCUGCUCCAACCACAUUCGCAUCUCGUCCAUCGUCCGCACUACGGCCUGGAAAGCGGACUGGACAAGCUGGGCGCCCUGUACGAGCCACACGGGUACCCGUAUUGGCGGAACGUUUUUGCCAUACAUCUCCUGUGGCGUAGCCGCUGGGGGUUGGCGUCCGAUGCGGCGCACGGAGUCACCUUGAACGAAACGAACAUCCGAGACGUCGACAAUGCCUUUGGAGAGAUGGCGCGCUCGGUUCUGUUCGGAACCUCCGCCUUCGUGCCACCGGAGGCCCCCGUGCUGAGCGUCGCCGAGCUCGCGGCUAGAAAGGACCGGGGCGAGGACCUGACCAGCAUGCGCCCAGGAAAUGAGCGGCCAUUUUUUCACCCUGUGAUAAACACCACCAAGUUUAAACGCCACCACUGACGCAAGCUCACAUGGAGAUUGUUUACGGGGUGCUCCUAAGUUGUGAAUUAAUUUCAAAACUUAAAAAAAGUGUUCUGGUUUACCGAACAGGGCCAUCGUGCCUGGGCUGAAAUGCUGCGAUGUAUAGUGCAUAAAAUGGUUGAUGGAGUUUUUGCAGCGACAACUGCUAGUGGUUGA